ACAGCUACUCCUCCAGAGUGCCGCGAUCCUUUGGCUGGUACAGACAGCACACACAGGAGGUUACGGGGCUGCAUCUGGAGUACCCAAUGGACGAGGACCACAACCUAAUGGAAAGAAACCUCAGAACGGUGGAGGUGUAGGAAGAAUGCUGAUGCCAUCAAAAGGUGUGGGUCAGGCAAUGGGUGCACAGAACGGAUACGGUGGAUACCCCACAAAAGGGAUUGGCUAUGGUGCAGCUGCUGGUGCAACCAAUGGAGGAGGGACAAAAGGCUAUGGAGCAACAGCUGGUGUAACAAAUGGACAAGGUGGCAAAUCACAGGGAUAUGGUGUUCAAGCUGGCCUGACCAAUGGACAGCAUAUGAAAGGCAAUGGCUACGGUGCUCAAGCUGGUGGAUACGGUGGACAAGGAACCAAAGGCAACGGUUAUGGAGCUGCAGCUGGUGUUCUAGGUGGAAAUGGAGCUAAAUCCAAUGGAUACGGUGUUCAAGCUGGCCCGACCAACGGACAGCAAAUGAAAGGCAAAGGCUACGGUGCACAAGCUGGUGGAUACGGUGGACAAGGAACCAAAGGCAACGGUAAUGGUGCUGCAGCUGCUGCACAUAAUGGACUUGGAACAAAAGGCAACGGUCAAGGAGCUGCAGCUGGGCCAUCCAGCAGCAAUGGGGCGAGACCAAAUGGGCAGGGGGGAGCUGGAAGUAAACCUAUGAAAGGAUAUGGCCGACCUCCUUAUGGGGCAGGUCCUGGUGUGGGGAUGGGAGCCUCCAGAGGUUUGGGGGUACCUCAGCUUGCCAGGAACCAAAGGACCCAAGCAUAUGGUGGGAAUGGUUAUAAUGGUUAUGGAGCUCAGCCCAUGGGAGGCUAUAAUGGCGGUUAUGGCAGUGCUGGUUUGGGUCUGGGACCUCGGUAUGGAAAUGGUGGGAUGAAGGGACCAAAGCAAGGCUAUGGUGCUGCAGCUGGUGUGCCCAACGGACAAGGUGCCAAAACCAAUGGUUACACUGGAGGAAGAGCCCCUAAUGGGAAUGGAGCCUUGCCGAAUGGUUAUGGAUACCCCAAUGGUGGAGGCGCCAAACCAGCAAAACCAGGGUAUGGCAAUUUUCCAAAUGGGUAUGGUGCCAAACCCAACGGUUAUGGAGCCACCAGAGGAGAUGCAGUGAGACCCCAGCCAGGUUACGGUGCUGCAGCUGGUGUUUCCAAAGGUUAUGCAGCCAAGCCCAAUGGUCAUGGAGUCAGAAAUGGUGCUGCGCUCGGUGGAUAUGGAGGAUACGGAGCGCCAAACACAGGCUCAAAACCUCCAACUACCAAAGGAGUUGGAGCAGUGUCGCCCAGUGAAGGUGCUAAAACACUCGACCCUGGUUACGGCGUGAUGCCAAAUGGGAAGGGUACAAAGGGUGCAGGUGCAUCUAAUGUAAAGGGCCUAAAAGGUGGAGUUCUCUCUCCUGAGCAGCCGAGUGCAGCACCAGAGCAAGCAAUGACUCAAGGUGCAGCACCUGUCGCCCCUGCACCAACCAGGGGUAUCCUUGUUAUGGUGACACAAGAGAAAUACCAAAAGUUGCCCUCCGCUGUGCCACAAGGAAAAAGCUACAAACAGACACCACUAAUCCCUCAGCCUACACCAGCACCAGUGAUUCCUCAAGGCAAAGACCCAAAGCCCACACCUGUACCACUGGUCCCCCAGACUAACCCAGCACCAGAGGCAACACCAGAUCUUCAAGGUUAUGUGACUGGAAGUGCUGUGCCCGAGCAGAAAGGUGCAGAGGCAGAAGUUCUUUUUGAGGUAGACAGCACCAGUGAAGGGGAUGCUGCCCCGGCAAGCACCAAACCCCUGAAAACCAAAGCUGUUCCUGAAACAGUGGCAGCUAAAAGUACUGAGAGCUUCACACCUGAAGAAACACUGGCUGUGGGUGUGCCUGAGGUCGCACCAGAAGAAGCAAGCAUCCAAAGUCAGCCAGAGGCAGGACCUGACAGAGUCGGGGUCAAAGGUCUCCCUACAGGAGAAACUGGGUCAACUGAGAACCGAGGAGGAGCUUCGAUCUCAAAGGGACAGGGAGAUAAACAAGCUAAACCUGACUGCGGACCAUCAGGAGUACCAAAUGGACAGUGGAUGAAAAUACCCAGACCUGGUUAUAAUGCAGGUGCUGGAGCAUCCUCUGGCACAAACACAAAAGGUUAUGGAGCAGGAGCUGGUGUUCCAAACGGAUAUGGAGCCAAACCGAACAGAUUUGGCGCCAGUGCAGGGGGAUAUUCAAAUGGAGGGGGAGCUAAAGCAAACAAACCAGCAGGAGGCUACACUGUCCCCGGACUCAGCAAUGGAUACGGAGCUGGCCUUGGAAAUCCUUAUGCAGGGAAACCUCAGCAACCUGGUUACGGACAAGGAGCGUACCUUGGAGCUGGAUAUGGAAACGGAAAUUCCUAUGGGGGAAGUGCAGGAUUUGGUGACGCAAGCAAGUCCAAAUCAGGGUAUGGCAAUGGAAAAGCCUAUAGUGCUGGUGUACAGCCUGACUAUGCAAGUCUUGGCCAUGGUGCAGCCGCUGCUAAUGGCAAAUCAGGUGGCUCCAGACAGAUUCCUUACAAUGGAGCCCCAGUGGUUCCUGCUGGACUAGAUGGUAGGAGCCACUUUGAGCCUCAGUCCGCUGGCCUUGGUCCAAAUGCAAAAUUAGGCGGCAUGUAUGGUGGAAUGGGCGGCUUACCUUUUGGUGGUCAGCCUCUGGGAAUGGGUGCAGAGAAAUCAAACACCAAGUACGGCAUUGGUGGGCUGCAGUUUGGUGGACAACCCCUGAGUGCAGGAACUAAUGGUGCAGGACAUUAUGGUUAUGGUGGAAGCCCCUAUGCACCUGCUGGUGAUGGCAAAUCAUCUGGAAAAUAUGGUGGUCUUGGUGCCAGCAUGGGAGGCGACCCUGCGACUGGAAAAUAUGGAUAUGGUGGCUUCCCUAAUGGUGGGCAGCUUCUUGGUCUUGGUAGUAAUGGAAAUACAGCAGGGAAAUAUGGUUAUGGAAGACUGCCUUACGAAGCUCAACCAGCGGGACUGGCCCCUGAAGCCAAAUCUACUGGCAAACAUGGUCUGGCUGGGUCAUCAUAUCAGCCUGAAACUCUUGGACUUGGAGCGAGUGGAAAAUUAACAGGCAAAUACGGUGGCGGCGAGGUUCCAUACGCACCACAAGCUCUUGGGUUUGGGAGUGAAGCAAAAUCCUCCGGGAAAUAUGAUAACCAGGGACCAUACCAACCACAGCCUCUUGAAUCUGCAUCUGAAGGCAGAGCUGGUGGAGAAUAUGAUACAGCUGGUUUAAUUUAUGAGCCUAUGCCUCUUGAGCCAGAGUCAGCUGGAAAAUCCUACGAGGUACCCACUCCAGCAAUUGCAGUCGAAGGCGAUGGGAUGUCCUUUGAUAGAUUCGAAAAUGUGGGCUACAUAAAUGGACAAGUGCAGCCAGAAGUUGUUGCAUUUCCUGCAGCUCCCUCUCCCAGCCCCACCCUAGCUUACCCCACUGUGCCGUCCUAUCUGCCUGCGGAGUCCUCCUUCACACCUGAUGUGGCGCCCGGAGUGGGCGUUGAGGACCUGCCCGACUCCGCGGGCACUGCCAGCCUCGCCCUCGACUCAGCAGCCGCUACAGGAACACACGGCGAGGCUCAGGUGCCUGAGCAACCCGAUGACCUGCUGCAAGAGCAGCUGCCACGUCAGAUACACAUUCAGCAGCAUCUGAAACUGCAUUUUCACCCACAAGGAGAAAAGAACAGCAAAUAUGAUUUGAAUGGCUUCUUUGGGAACAGUGGCUAUCAAGGUUAACCCUGCUGACAACGACAAGUACAAUCUCUCUUUCUGCCGUUGUAUAUUAUUUUUGAUCAUUUCCUUAUUGUAUAUUUUUUAUUUUCUUCUGUGUGUUGAAUAGUUUUUGUGUUUGUAAUUCUAAAGAUAAGAAAAACAUUAACUAUUAGGUUUUCUGUUUAUGUACAUUAUGUACAUUUCUGCAUGACCUUUUUUGUCCUGCACUGCUCACUGUACACGCAAAGACUUGCUUGCUGGACAAAUGGAUUUUGUCUGCUGCAUGUGGUCAGUGUUUUAUUCAACUUGGUCAUUUUUGUCUGAUAUCAUCAACUCAAAA